AUGUCCUUAACACACUCACACUUGCUGCUGCAAGGACAGAAGCAGCUGCGGCCUCAGCAGCAAUUCAGAGCUGACAGCAAACAGGAGGAGGCGUCCCCUCUGCAGGAGGCCUGGGGGCCCCUAGAGAGGGUUCAGCAGCCCCAAUCUGCUGCUGCUGCUGCUGCUGCUGCAGCUGCUGCUGCUUCUCCUCGCCUCUUCUUCUCCACAGCGUUUCUCUACGACUCUUCAGACGACGAAGCAAACCAGCUAGAUCUCUCUGUGCCCUUUCACAGGGGCCACGAAUACCCCAGCAGCCCUGGGGGGCCCCCCGUGGGGAGCCCAGGGGGGGCCCCCCGCGGGGGCCCCAAGGGGGGCCCCCCCAGCUCCUUGCGAGUCAUUUUUGACUCUGCAGCGGGGCAGCGCCACGUGGAGUUGGGGCCCCUUAGAGAGUUAGACUGGUCUGAGCAGCUGUUUGUCCCUUUGGCUUCGAAAGAAGCAGCAGCAGUAAGAACAGAAGACCUUUUUGAGGGGCCCCAUGCAGAAAAUGCGGAAGAACAGCAAGCUCCAGCAGCAGCAGCAGCAGCAGCGGGGGCUCAGCAGCAGCUGCUGCUGCAGCGCGAGCGCCCGCCAAGCGCUUUCAGUAGCUGCAAGCUGGUCCCGAAGUCCCACAGCCAGGACCUGACCAGUGGUCCACCCAGGGACAACUAUGGGGGCCCCCAGGGCCCCAAACAAAGACCCAGCCAGCCACUAUUUCCUUUUAGACUCAGAUCUCAAAGCCAGGGGGCCCUCAGGGCCCCAGAGGCCAUUAGAGAAUCUUGCAAAGCGCAGCUAAUGGGCAUCCCGGGCCCUCCAGCUUCUCCAGGGGCACCCCAGGGGCCCCUGGGCCCCGCGGGGCCCCCGGGGCCCCCGGGGGCCCCGGAGGCCCCCAGAUGCCCAGGAGAAGCGG